UACAAUACAGACAUAAUCCGACCUAAACACCCAAUAAAUGCAUUCAGUUCGCUGACACCUGCAUGGUCUUUUGUUGUUCAGCAUCGGAGAGAUUACGUUUGCUACUAUAAACUCUCGUUUAUCAAAAUCAACGAUCAAUGUCCGUUAACAACAAUUACUAUCAACAAAACGUAGGGAAUUUAUUGUAACACACUAUUUAAUUAUAUAGUCUGUGGUAUUUAUGAUCAGAGAAAGUCUUCGGACGUAAAUCCACUAAAAUACCUACAUGACAGAUAAACAAUUUAAAAGUUACCGCUAUAUCGGCGAAUUUUAAACAUUAAUUCGGGAGAAUAUAUUAAAACACGAUGUUAAAUUUGCCAUAAAUUUUAAUGCGUUUAGAAGUAGUAGUAAAGAAAAAAGUUUGGAUAUUAUGAAUGUAAAAUUACGAUCUAAUUUGAGAAAAAAAGUGUUUGAUGGACAGUAAUAUUAAUACUGAUUAUCUGAAUGAGAGAUGUAAAGCUUCUGUGAUUUGUUUAUAUAUUGAAGAAACACGUGUCUUGGUAUUUAUAAUCCAUUUGGCCAUACCAGUUGAUAAUUGUUUAUAGAGUUUAAACACAGGAGAUACCUAUAAUUAUCAUUGUGUAUUGAAGGCUAGAAGGUGUAUCUGCAUUAAAUACCAUUACGGAUUUACAUUAACUGUGAUCUCAAGAAAUCAUUGAUGGACGAAAAUGAUCGCUAUUGAUUGUUUUGAUCAACAAAAAUAGUUGAAUCGUAAUCAAAAUGAGUUGUCCAUUUCAAACUGCGGUGAAAAAUGAAAUUGAUUCUAUCAAAAAACAAUCACCGAGUUCCAAAGGAUGUAAUGGUACAGAAGACUGUAACAAACACAAUAGAACCAAGGAUAAAAUACCUCAAACUAAUGGAACAUUAUCUGGUAGGGAUAAUUCUCCAUCAAAUAAAACUAGAAAGGAGAGCGGACUAUCUCUGUGUUCUCAGGCCUCAUCAGAUGAACUUGACGGAGAAGAUGAGAAGAAACUAGGACUCGUGGGAUUGAUAGAAAGUGUAGGGACACUGUUACUGCCUUCGGCUGGUUUUAUCUAUAGGGCAUACUCUAAUCUGUUAUGUAGGAAAGGUCAAGAUGCGUUAAAUGUCGCAAGACAAGCAUGUGACAUAGAUGAAGUAACUUUCAGCACGGCAUUUAUUGAUACAGAGUUACGACACAACCCUGUCGACGAGGAAUCCAUCUUAAAACUCGCACACGCUGCUUCAAAUCUUCUCCAAACGGACCUAUCAACAUGUCUAAAUCAGUUGGGUCGGGAAUAUGUAAAGUUAUGUCUGGCAGAAUACGGCAAAGCUCUUGGCAUGAUGGGCAGUAACAUGGUGGAAUUCUUCAGUAACUUAGACGGAUUACAUGAGGAAAUAUGUAAAGCCCCACAAUUUAAGAAUCAAACUCCACCUUCGUUUCGAUGUGAAAAUAAGUUGGACAAUGUUGAUAUGCAUUUUUAUUCUGACAAGCGUCGUCUGUUAUCUUAUUAUGCAGGAAUAGUUCAAGAAAUUGCUGAAUUUUUAUGUCAAGUGCAGAUUGACAUAGUUAUACAGCCAAGCGAAUCGCCUUCCGGAAUUCAUCAUGUCUUUCAUAUAAAUUCUUCACAACAACGCAACAGUAACAAUAACUGCACGAUAUGUGUUCAUCAAUCCACAUAUUCGAGCAAACCGUCCGAUUUAAAGAUUGGGAUAUCCACUUUUUGUGAGGCGUGCCCUUUUCAUGUGAUAAUAGACAGAAAUCUAAAAAUAGUACAACUUGGAAAAUCUCUCAUGAAAGUCAUAGCCUCUGACAUUCAAACAAAAGGUUUGAACUUUGAAACCUACUUCAGCAUUACUCGUCCUAAGCUCGACCAAAUAACAUUCUCAGCACUACUUUCAAGGGUGAAUUUCUCAUUUGUAUUGGAGAGUAAAUGCGGAUCAAAGUUACAACAGCAUAUGCAAUUGAAAGGACAAAUGAUAUACCUCCAAGAAUCAGACAGUAUCUUAUUUCUUGGUUCUCCCAGCAUUGAGAAAAUAGACGAACUAAUAGCACGUGGUCUUUAUAUAUCUGAUCUUCCAAUUCAUGAUGCCACGAGGGAUCUCAUCCUUGUCGGUGAACAGACAAAAGCACAGGAUGGAUUGAAGAAACGAAUGGAACAAAUGAAGAGAAGCAUUAUAGAAGGAACUGAAGCUGUAGAGGCAGAGAAAAAGAAAAACGUCGAACUCUUACACAUGAUAUUUCCUGAAAAACUUGCUUCUAGGCUGUGGAGAGGUGAAACGAUAGAACCGAUGAAGAUCGAUGAAGUGACGAUGUUAUUCAGCGAUAUCGUUGGUUUUACUGCUAUUUGUUCUUCCUGUACUCCUCUCACCGUGAUCAAUAUGCUGAAUUCACUAUACACACAGUUUGACCAUUUCUGUGGAGAUCUGGACGUUUACAAGGUAGAAACAAUCGGAGACGCUUAUUGUGUUGCUGGCGGGCUACACCGUCCUUCCAAAUUCCACGCCCAGCAAAUAGCCUGGAUGGCAAUACGAAUGAUGGACACGGCCGGUAAAGAAAAGUCGCAUGAUGGGAAUACGAUUAGGAUGCGGAUUGGAUUACACAGUGGGUCGGUAUUGGCAGGAAUUGUUGGUGUACGCAUGCCCAGAUAUUGUUUGUUUGGAAACAAUGUGACACUAGCAAACAAAUUUGAAUCCGGAAGUGAAGCAACCAGAAUUAAUAUUAGUCCUACUACAUACAGCUACAUAGAAAAUGUUGAUGGGUUCAAGUUCACUCCAAGGUCACGAGAAGACUUACCUGUUGGAUUCCCGGAAGAUGUUCCCGGAAUCUGUUACUUCCUCGAUGGGUACACAUAUCCUGGAGCAUCAAAGGACAAAGAUGUUGACCAUAUCACACUGGCGUUAAAAACAUUGCCAAUUUGUAAUGAAACAAAAACGUAGAUUUAUAAAUAGAAAUUAUGCAAUAGUCAACGGGUAAAAGUUUGAAUACAAUGUCGUGGAAUAUGAAUGAUUGUUGCUGACCCGACAAUGCGUAUAGUGAUAUUCAAUUAAAUAGUAUGAAUGAUUUAUUUAUAAUAAAAACAUGGUUUACAAAAGUACUGUUUGUUAGAAAUUGUAUGAAAACAAUAUUAAACAUCAAAAUACUCCUGCCGUAGCUUCAAGUUAUUGGCUUCAAUAAGCAGGGAAAAACUAUGAUUAACAUUGAAACCAUUUACAAUUAAACGUUUGAAUAAGAUCCCCACGAACAGAUGAUACCAGAAACGUUUUAUACUCCUAAAAUACUUAUAUGGGAUGAAAUGUGAAUAUAUGAAUUUUCUUUUCUUUUGUUUUAAUUUAGUUUAUUGUGUGAUAAAUAUUUUGCAUUAUUUUUAUAUUAUUUAUUAUCUAAGAUAUGAUAUUAUAGUUUAUAGAUUAAAAUAUGAAUAUAGUUUAUAAAUCAUGUUAUAUUUAUUGUAGUCUUUAUUUAAGCUACUUAGUUUAUAUUUGUGUUUGCAUAUUUUGUAAGUUGUGAAAGAACAGUCGACAAUCAUAUAUGUAUACAAUUUAAAUAUAUGACACUUCUAAAAGCAUAUAAUAUAUUAGUAUUUAUAAACAUUGUACAAUAUAUAGUUUGGUUCUCCUUUGCCAAAAAUCAUUGUUAUAUACACUGUGAAUAACUUUCAUACAUGAUUAUAAUUUGCUCGCCAGUCAAAUUAUGUGGCAAAAUCUGCGAGUUUGUUUUCCAUUAGCAUAAGUAAUGGAAAUCUCUAUAUGUAGUGUACAGCUCGUGUUACACUCAGUAAUAAUAAUGUAUUGUGUGUUGAAAUAAUGGCAAUUAAAUUAAGAGAAAAUAAAAAAUAAUAAUGUAACUUCAUUUUGACGUAUUUAACUUUGUAAAAAUAAACUACUUUUGAAUAUUUUAUAAAAGAACGUUUUAAAUACUCAACCUUCUCACUAAGUUCACUUUUGAUUUGUUUUACUUUUGUAGGCAUCCUGUCCUGAAUUCUGUAGGGUCCAUUCAAUAACCUCUGUGUUUUAUGUUUAACGUGAUUUGCAUCUUCCUUAAUGGAUUUAUGAGAUUUGAACAAUGGUUAACUACUGUUAUCUCAAAACUACUGUUGGCUUUAAACUUCUAUCACCUCUAACCUAAUGUUGAAUUUAAUUUGAAUUUUUAAUGUAUUUUGUGAUAUUUAGGUAAUGUCCAUACAUCCUAAUAGUUUCAGGCUUGGAAGCCAAUUUUACACAAGCCAGUUUAUUAGUUGUUUUGGGGGGAGUUUUUAUUAAUCUUUAUGAUUUCUAUUCCAGGUAGUGUUCAAUUAAAUCAUAACGAAAGAAUUAUCUUUUUACUGUUGAAUUUUUCUUCUAAACAGUCUACCAAAAAGUCCUUAUACAACUAAAAUAUCGGAAGAAGGGAAAAGCCAUAACCUCAAUUGUACAAGUUGAUAUUUAUCAAAGCUUAUUACAUGUUCAUUUCCAGUUUGCAACACUGAAUAUAAAUUAUACAAGAAUUUGAUUUCAAAAUUGAUAACCUUUAAAUGGUGUAACAUGAAAUUUUAGGUACAAUGUAAAUUUAUAUAUUUUUCUUUUCUGACCAUUAUUACAU